ACCCAACAUUGAUUUUCUAGUGCAUUGCAUGUCUGGGCCCCACUUGUUCUUAGAAACAAUCAAUAUUGUUAUUUCCUUUACUACGAAAUAGCAAACAAAUUUGUCAUUUUGUUGUGUAACUCGCGCCCGUCUAGUACCUAGUGAAUAUGUGAGAAAUAACAAACGAAAUGGAGAAUAGUGGAAAAACAAAUGCAUUGGCUUCAACGAAAGUAACAUCGCCAUUUUAUGAACCGCCGCCAAGGAAGACCAGUGCGGAUAUUAUUAAUGAAGCGAAAGCGGCAAUUAAAGAUUCCCAAAUGGUCGACAAUUCUUUUGCGUCUGCUUCCAUUAAACCAUUGCAAACUCAACGACCGUUCACUCCGCGCGAAAAGGAAAGGAUUUUGUUUGGGCAUAAGAGAAAGUCAAAUAGGCCUCCUAGCUCUUUCAGUUUGAGAUAUCUACAGGAGACCGACUUUAACACAAACACAAUAGCUGACAAUGCAGACAGUGAAAACAAUACAAUCUGCACCAUUGAUAAAGAUGCCCAAAUUACGAAGAAACAAAACGCAUUUAAAACACAGAGAUCAAACUCGCUAUCGAAAAUAGGGGACGGCAAAAUUUUCGAUGUAGGAUGCCACAAAAUCAAACUACCAGCUCUCGAUGCGCUAAAAGUGGUACAAAAAAAGGGAAUACACAAAAAUACAUUUUCGUUGGACAAUCUACCCGAGGAGUAUGAAGAAUCCGUCGAGCCGCCCGUGGUUAACCGAAACGCGUUCAGCUCCCCACAGGAGCGGACCGAUUUCAACGAGAACUCCCCUUUCGGUCGACCGUCGCAACAACAGAAUAACCUGUCCCAGUGCCUUUUGCUGGGCGUCGAAAAUUUAAAUAAACUGUUUGAGAAUAAACAAAUUGUAGAAAAUUCUGAAACACUCUUUGUAAAAACAGGUUAUUUAAAUAAUGUAACGCGAACAGAAAAUGAAAAGUCGUCUCUAGAUGUUUACAAAGAGAGAACGAUGGAGAACAUAAUCGAAACGUUAUCUAAACACCAUAAGAACGUGAAGGACGAGGUAAUAGUGCAAUCGUUGCGCGAUUUAUACGAUUGCAUGGAGCAAAAGAAGUUUCUUUCGACUUCCGUCGAUUCGAAGACAAAGAUUUGUAUUUUGAAGUGUCUGUACAGGUUUGUCGAGUCGCCGAACGAGCAGCUCCUGUUAAAUAUUGCGAGGAUUAUUUUGGCAUUGAAGGUCACCGGCAAUAAUCUAAGUGGCGUCUGCAAGUUGAUAUUUAAAGUCUCCAAGAAUGACAAAAACGACUCCCUGUUUCUAGAAGGAAAUAUUCUGGAUUUGUUUGUCGACGCGUUGGGACGCUCUAGCCCUCUCGACGACGGAGAGGCGUGCGUGUACGGUUACGGAUCUGUCAAGUUUUUAACGAUGAAUUCAAAGCUACUCAAAAAGAUUUUGGAUCUGGGCAUACUGCAGCUGAUGGUCCUCCAUAUCAAGAUUAUUAAUAACGCCAGACAGGAAAAGGUGCACAUUCCCGAACACACCGAGCAUGCGCUGUUUCAAUUGACGGGUGGCCUAAGGAACUUGGCCGCCGAUGAGAGUGUCUAUGACGAGUUUAUAUCGACCGAUACCGUAUUCCAGCUCUGCACCACUUUGGAGUUGUUCUCAUCCAACUUGGAUAUCGUCAGCAACAUUUCGAGAACGUUAAGCACAAUUUCGAUGAACGACAAUUGCUGCGAUAAAAUUGGAGAGUUUGCCGAAAUAUCGAAAAUAUUUGUCAAGUUAUUCGAAAAAUAUCCGGGGAACGAGGAAAUUAUUGUAAGGUUGGCGUACACCUUGGGGAAUGUACUUGCCAAAUUGGACAGUUCGCGUAUUAGAUUCUUUCACGAGAAGAACUCAAUUUCUUCUCUAAUUAGCUUGUGGAAGAUAUAUUUUGAGCGGACGCUGAAAAAUUGCUCGUUAAAAUUCGAUACUGAAUGGGAGUCGACAAGCAACACUGAAGAUGUCAUGAUAAAGGUAAAGUGGUGGGUGGGUAUGUGGGCCACAUUAGUGCCAUAAUAUUAAAAAUAGGGC